AAUGCCCGCAGGCCCGAGGAGGGCCGGUAGUGGCGGAUGGGCCUGGGUCUGGGGGCGGACGGUGCGGGAGGCCGAGGAGGCUGCUGGUGGACCUGCGUGAGCCCAAACCGGGGACAGAUGUCUCGCUGUUUGUGUCGCAGUCCUGUUCGCGAUUGUUCUCUGCUCACGGGCUCUGCGUCGCGCCUGCCGCAGUGCUCCUCCGGGCCCUGAUAAGCCCAUAACCAUGGCGACCCCUUCAGCUGCCUUUGAAGCCCUUAUGAAUGGAGUGACAAGCUGGGAUGUCCCUGAAGAUGCCGUCCCAUGUGAACUUCUUCUUAUUGGAGAGGCUUCCUUCCCAGUGAUGCUGAAUGACAUGGGCCAGGUCCUCAUUGCUGCAUCCUCCUAUGGCCGAGGCCGCCUGGUGGUGGUAUCCCAUGAAGACUACUUGGUAGAAGCCCAGCUCACUACCUUUCUCCUCAAUGCAGUGGGGUGGCUUUGUUCUUCCCCUGGGGCCCCCGUAGGUGUACACCCAUCCCUGGCACCUCUGGCCAAAAUCCUCGAGGGCUCUGGGGUGGAGGCAAAGCUUGAACCGGAAGUGAAAGACUCCCUGGGGGUUUACUGUGUUGACGCCUACAAUGAAACCAUGACUGAAAAGUUGGUCAAGUUUAUGAAACAUGGAGGAGGUUUGCUCAUUGGAGGCCAAGCCUGGGAUUGGGCCAACCAAGGCGACGAUGAAAGGGUUCUGUUCACUUUCCCUGGGAACCUCGUGACCAGCGUGGCAGGCAUAUACUUCACUGACAACAAAGGAGACACAAGUUUCUGUAAAGUGUCUAAGAAGAUGCCCAAGACUCCAGUCUUAGUUAGUUGUGAAGACGAUCUUUCCGAGGACAGAGAGGAGCUUCUGCACGGCAUUUCUGAGCUGGACAUCAGCAACUCGGAUUGUUUCCCAUCCCAGCUGCUAGUGCAUGGAGCUUUAGCCUUUCCCCUGGGGUUAGAUUCCUACCACGGUUGUGUUAUAGCGGCUGCCCGCUAUGGCCGGGGCCGGGUGGUAGUGAUGGGCCACAAGGUACUAUUCACCGUGGGUAAACUGGGCCCCUUUCUGCUCAAUGCUGUGCGUUGGCUGGACGCAGGCCGCCGAGGCAAGAUCGUGGUGCAGACGGAACUAAGGACAAUGAGUGGUCUGCUUGCAGUGGGGGGCAUAGACACCAGCAUUGAGCCCAAUCUGACCAGUGAUGCGAGUGUCUAUUGUUUUGAGCCCACGAGUGAUGUGGGAGUCAAGGAGCUGCAGGAAUUUGUAGCUGAGGGCGGGGGCCUGUUUGUUGCAGCCCAAGCCUGGUGGUGGGCCUUCAAGAACCCUGGAGUGUCGCCUCUGGCUCGGUUCCCAGGGAACCUCCUGCUCAACCCCCUUGGCAUCAGUAUCACAAGCCAAAGCCUCAAUCCAGGGCCCUUUCGUACUCCAAAAGCGGGGAUAAGGACCUAUCACUUCCGCUCCACUCUGGCUGAGUUCCAGGUUAUAAUGGGGAGGAAGAGAGGGAAUGUGGAAAAGGGGUGGUUGGCAAAGCUGGGGCCGGAUGGCGCAGCUUUCCUGCAGAUCCCUGCAGAAGAGAUCCCUGCCUAUAUGUCUGUGCAUCGGCUCCUCAGGAAGCUGCUGAGUCGAUACCGGCUCCCAGUGGCGACCCGAGAGAACCCAGUCAUCAAUGACUGCUGCAGGGGUGCUAUGCUCUCCCUGGCCACAGGUCUGGCCCACUCUGGGAGUGACCUCUCACUGUUAGUCCCAGAAAUUGAAGACAUGUACAGCAGCUCCUAUCUGCGCCCCUCUGAAUCUCCUAUCACCGUUCAGGUCAACUGCAACAAUCCAGGCACCCGAUAUUGCUGGAUGAGCACUGGGCUGUACAUACCUGGAAGGCAAAUUAUAGAGGUCUCCCUGCCUGAAGCUGCUGCCUCUGCUGACCUGAAGAUACAGAUUGGCUGCCACACAGAUGACCUGACCAGGGCCAGCAAGCUGUUCCGAGGCCCACUGGUAAUCAACCGGUGCUGCUUGGACAAGCCCACAAAAUCAAUCACCUGCCUCUGGGGCGGCCUCCUCUACAUCAUCGUGCCUCAGAGCAGCAAGCUGGGUUCUGUGCCCAUCACUGUGAAAGGGGCUGUGCAUGCUCCAUUCUACAAAUUGGGGGAGACAUCCCUGGAGGAGUGGAAGAGGUGUCUCCAGGAGAAUCCAGGUCCCUGGGGAGAGCUGGCUACAGACAACAUCAUCCUGACAGUGCCAACUGCCAACCUUCGCACACUGGAUAAUCCUGAGCCGGUGCUUCGCCUCUGGGAUGAGGUGAUGCAGGCUGUGGCACGGCUGGGGGCUGAGCCCUUCCCCUUGCGUCUGCCUCAGAGGAUUGUUGCCGAUGUGCAGAUUUCAGUAGGCUGGAUGCAUGCGGGGUACCCCAUCAUGUGCCACCUGGAGUCAGUGCAGGAGCUCAUCAAUGAGAAACUCAUCAGAACCAAGGGGCUAUGGGGCCCUGUCCAUGAGCUCGGCCGCAACCAGCAGCGGCAGGAGUGGGAAUUCCCACCACACACCACUGAGGCCACCUGCAACCUGUGGUGUGUUUAUGUUCACGAAACGGUCUUGGGCAUUCCUCGAGGCCGUGCCAAUAUUGCCCUGUGGCCCCCAGUUCGGGAGAAAAGAGUCAGAAUCUACCUGAGCAAGGGUCCCAAUCUGAAAAACUGGAAUGCGUGGACAGCCCUGGAAACAUACUUACAGCUCCAGGAAGCCUUUGGUUGGGAGCCCUUCAUUCGUCUCUUCACUGAGUAUCGUAACCAGACCAACUUGCCCACCGACAAUGUUGACAAGAUGAAUCUGUGGGUGAAGAUGUUCUCCCACCAAGUGCAGAAGAAUCUGGCUCCCUUCUUUGAGGCCUGGGCCUGGCCAAUCCAGAAGGAAGUGGCUACCAGCCUGGCCUAUCUGCCUGAAUGGAAGGAAAAUAUUAUGAAAUUGUACCUCCUCACACAGAUGCCCCAUUGAAAUUGAAGUAAAAGAAAACUGGAAGGCAUUUGGUUAUGAAUGAAGAAGACCUCAACACAUUUCUGGACAGAAAGUGGAUGAAGUAUGAAAAAAGAAUGAAAGAGUGAAGGUACCUUUCAGAGAGAAUAUAAGCUGAUCUGAAUAACAUAACCACAGAGAGGCUUGGGCACCUAAAAAGUCUAUCUACUAAAGAAUUAUACCAGUUGUAAAAUUGAACCCCAUCGCAUUCUACCCUAUUCCUUGUGCAUAGAAUUCAGGCAGUCAACUAUUGGUACCAGUGAGAACUCUGUUGUUGCUAUUAUUGUUGUUGUUGUUGUUUAUAUAAAGAAAUUGAAUAAAUUACCUGAGAGAGGUAGGAGUUGGUGCUUCAGAAUGAAAUUUCUUUUUAUGUAAAUAAGUGAUCCCUUAGCCUAUCAGCUAAUUCUUUACUGACAGUUGAAACGCCCCAUACUCAAGUAACCAAGCGUUUGUAGUCAUAGAAGAAGCUUACUGGAAAAACAGACCAAACCAUACAAUGACAGAGGAAACCCAUAUCAACUCCUAUAAAAGUCAACAGUUAUAUUAAUGCUUAAAUACAACUGGUCAGCUAGGAAUUACCAGACAUUGAGCAUUGGGGAGGAGGGGGGGGAGGCGGGGGAGUGGGAGGGAGGGCCAAGGGAGACGUAUGUAAGAAAAAAUUACCAAUUAGAAUUAGGAGAUUGGAAAACUGCACCCAAUUCUGGAGGAAACAAAGUCAAAAUGGAAAAAGUAACUUUAAAAUCUAGUUAUAUCUUCAGAAAGAUCUGAGGUAUAUUUGUAAGAUGAAAACAGGAUGCUACAGAGAAAGGAAAAACUGAGAAUAAGGAGAGCCCUUUACAAGUGAAAUAUUGUCAAAAAAUACCCCAUAGACAAGCUUGAAAUAAAGUUGAUGGAAUCUCCCUAGAUAUAGAUCAAAAAUAAACAGCAGAAACUAUAAAGAAAGGAAAGAUCUAGACAAUAUCUAACCAUUAGUGUUUUUUAAAAAGAAAACAGAAAAUAUAGGCAAAGAAAAAAAAUAAUUGAAGAACAGAAAGAACUAAGUCUCCAGAUUCAGGGGGCUCCAAUAAAACCUACAUUGAGACACAAUUAUGUGAAAUUUUGGAAUAUUAAGGAUAGAGGGAAGACAUUAAAACUGCCCAGAGGGAAAAUAAAAUUGGGUCAUCAUAAUUAGCUUAGCCAAACAGGAAUGAGAAACAGACUGGGCAGCAGAUUUUUCGUCAGCAACACUAAAAACUAGAAGCCAAUGGAACAAUGUCUUCACACACCUUAUGAAAAAUUAUGUACCCAGAAUUCCAUAGCAAGCCAAGCUGUUGAGUCAAGUCAAAAUAUAUUUUCUGACAUGCAAGUUUUCAGCAAGUCUACCUUCACUGCACCCUUACUGAAGAAAUAUCUUGAGGAAGUUCUCCAGCAAAAUGAGGAUGAGAACCAAGAAAGAGGAAGAAACAGAAUCUAGGAAACAGUGGACCUCACCCAGGCAGGAUGUAUCACUCUAGAGCAGGGGUGGGCAAACUUUUUGACUCGAGGGCCACAAUGGGUUCUUAAACUGGACCGGAGGGCCGGAACAAAAGCAUGGAUGGAGUGUUUGUGUGAACUAAUAUAAAUUCAAAGUAAACAUCAUUACAUAAAAGGGUACGGUCUUUUUUUUUCAAUAGUUUUAUUCAUUUCAAACGGGCCGCAUCCGGCCCGCGGGCCGUAGUUUGCCCACAGCUGCUCUAGAGUGACAGUUAUCCAACAGGAUGUCUCACUCUGGAGUAGGGGUAGAGAACCAUUUUUCUGCCAAGGGCCAUUUGGAUAUUUAUAACAUCAUUUUUAGGCCAUACAAAAUUAUCAACCUAAAAAUUAGCUUGUUAUAUUUGGUCAAACAUUUAAUUAACUCAUCCCUAAUGCCUUGGCAGGGCAAGACCAAAUGAUUUCUUGGGCCAAGGGCUGGAUGUUCCCCAGUCCUGAUUUAGAGUGACUGUUAUCCAACAGGAUGUCUCACUCUAGAGUGACAGUUAGUUAUCCAGCACACAAACCCAGUUCAGAUGAGAGUACACAGUCUCAGGCUCUCUGGGAAGAAUAUUCAUUUUGUGCCAAGGAUAGUAUCACCGAGAAGUUACAAUGUUUGAGAGUAUUGAGUACAUACAUUCUUUAGUCAACCAAAAAGAAAACAAAACAAAAAUAUAUCAAGAAAUUUAAGCCCAUUUCUAAAACAACAACAAUAAAAAUACUCAUGGAAUAUAAGAAGAGACUCGAUUUGACAUUGGCGGUAAGUCUAUUUCCUUUCAAAUGGCACAGGCAUGACAUUGGAUGUGUAUGGAAGAAAAUGUCCUAGCUUCUAUGUGGCUCUCAGUAAACAGUAUUUAUAUAGCCAAAAUAAUAUAAAUGCUAUUUAUUGGUACUUAGUGUUCUGAUCAGCCUAUAGGCAAAACAUGAAAGACUUAAUUUUUUAUUCAGAAAUGAAAUUGAAAUUAACCCUGACAAGUUAAAGAGAGCAGAAAAAGGUUGAAAAUUGGCUGUGGGAAAAGAGAUGGAAGAAAGAGUAGGGCUACUCAUAUAUUUAAAGUGGGGAUGGAAAAAGAAUCUACAGUUAAUGGAACAAGAGCUGGAGGAUUGGUAUGUUGUUCAAAGCUAUAAAUUCAAUAGAAGCAUUAAAAUGAUAACUAUCAAAAAUUUGGGAAAAGAUAAGCAAAGGAAAAGUGAGGAUAGUGUAAGUUAAAUCCUUAUCUUUUGUAAUGGUGUAUUAUUAAAGAUUGUCUAAAGUUAAUAAACCAAGAAAUUAUUGUUCAAACAUUAUUUAAUGUUAGGAAGUUAGAAUAUCUAAAAAUAGAAAUUGUUAAAUGCAUUGCCUCUAGGGAACGGGACUAGGGUUAAAAAGGGUGGAGUGGGGUACUGUGUUUUUCAUUUCAAGUCCUCUGUACCAUUUAAUUUUUUACCUUGUGCAUGUAUUACUUUGAAAAUUUGUUAAUAAAGUCAAAUAAAAAUCCUUCAGUGGCUUCA